ACAAAACCAGUAGGAAAAAAACAUCAAUCAAUUCAAUUCAAUUCAAUUCAAUAAAUAAAUAAAAAUCAAACCCCCGAAAAAACCUUCGAGUGUGUGUAUGUAUAAUACAUCUGAUGUGCUCUCCAGCUAUAUUCUUCUUAAAUCCAAUAAUCAAUCAAUUCAUUACUGGAUCUGUCAUUUCUGGUUCACCAUCCAUCACUUUAAACAUCUUCAAUCAGGUAACAUAAUACAAUAAAUUUAUAUACAGAUAUAGCUAUAUUAGAUAUAUAGAUAUAGAUACAGAUAUGAAGAUACCUUGUUGUACGGUAUGUCAAAAUCGAUACAACGAAGAAGAGAGAUGCCCGUUGUUACUAGAGUGUGGCCAUGGAUUCUGUAAAGAGUGUUUAUUUCGUAUGUUUUCAUCAGCUUCAUCAGAUACAUCACUUUCGUGUCCACGUUGUCGCCACGUGUCUAUAGUCGGUAAUUCGGUUCACGCCUUGCGUAAAAAUUAUGCCGUUUUAGGGCUCAUUUCGUCGGUUUCGGAUGAGGAUGAUGAGGACGAGGAUGACGACGAGGAUGAGGAGGAUAGUUUUGGUAGGAUGAUAGUAAGCGAUCGGGAUAGACGACGUAGUUGUGAUGCGAAGGGUUUAAGUAGUAGUAGCAGUAGUGGUUUAAGUAAUGGCUUGAUUGAGUUAGGGUUUCAUCAGGAUUUACGGAUGGUGAAGCGGUUUGGGGGAGGGAAUGGAGUUGAAAUGUGGAAUGGGGUUUUGUGUGGGAAAACGGGGAGGUGUAGACAUCGUGUGGCGGUUAAGAAGUUGGUUGUGAUUGGGGAAGGUACUGAUUUGGUUUGGGUGCAGAGUCAACUUGAGGAUUUGAGAAGGAAAUCCAUGUGGUGUAGGAAUGUGUGUAAGUUUCACGGGGUUAGUAAAGUAGAUGGUUGUCUUGCUUUGAUUUUUGAUAAAUGUAAUGGUUCUGUUCAGACAGAAAUGCAACGCAAUGAAGGGAGGCUUACCCUUGAGCAAAUUUUGAGAUACGGGGCUGAUAUUGCUCGUGGGGUGGCUGAACUCCAUGCAGCAGGUGUUGUUUGUAUGAACCUUAAACCCUCCAAUCUUCUUUUGGAUGAAGAUGGUCGUGCAGUGGUUUCUGAUUAUGGGCUUCCAGCCAUUUUAAAGAAACCUGCUUGCCACAAAGCCCGUUUAGAGUGUGAUUCGGCAAAAACUCAUUCAUGCAUGGAUUGUACAAUGUUGAGCCCCAGCUACACUGCUCCAGAGGUGUGGGAGCCUGUAAAGAAACUAAAUAUUUUUUGGGACGAUGCUCUUGGCAUAUCUCCAGAGUCGGAUGCUUGGAGUUUUGGCUGUACUUUAGUGGAAAUGUGCACUGGUUCUGUUCCGUGGGCUGGUUUAAAUGCGGAUGAAAUUUACCGGGCAGUUGUCAAGGGUAAGAAACAGCCUCCACAAUACGCAAGUGUAGUAGGUGUUGGAAUACCAAGAGAUCUGUGGAAAAUGAUCGGUGACUGCCUACAGUUUAAAGCUGCUAAAAGACCAACUUUUAGUGCCAUGCUAGCAAUAUUUCUCCGCCACCUACAAGAAAUACCUCGUGGUCCUCCUGCAACCCCAGAUAAUGAUGUAACUGUAUUCCCCAAAGCAAAUGGGAUGCUGCCUUCUCCUAUAACUGACAUAGAAGUUGUCCACGAUUAUCGAACUCUUCUGCAUAAAAUGGUUUGUGAAGGAGAUGUUUCUGGUGUCAGUAAGUUGCUAGCAAGGGCUUCAUCAAAAAAUGAUGACAACUCAUUUCGUUCUCUGCUUGAAGCACAGAAUCCUGAUGGUCAAACUGCCCUCCAUCUAGCAUGCAGACGGGGUAGUGCUGAACUCGUCGAGGCUAUUUUAAAAUAUCGAGAAGCUAACGUGGAUGUCCUUGACAAAGACGGGGAUCCUCCUCUUGUGUUUGCUCUUGCAGCUGGAUCUCCAGAAUGUGUUCGUGCUCUUCUUGGUAGAUAUGCUAAUGUUAGAUCUAGGUUGAGGGAUGGGUUUGGUCCAUCUGUUGCUCAUGUCUGUGCAUAUCAUGGUCAACCGGAUUGCAUGCGCGAGUUGCUAUUAGCUGGUGCUGAUCCAAAUGCGGUUGAUGAUGAAGGUGAAUCUGUACUGCAUAGAGCGGUGACAAAGAAGUAUACAGAGUGUGCUCUUGUUAUAUUGGAAAAUGGGGGUUGUAAAUCCAUGGGUAUUUCAAACUCAAAAAAUCUAACGCCUCUACACUUAUGCGUGACAACAUGGAAUGUAGCUGUUGUUAAAAGAUGGAUUGAAGUUGCAUCCUCUGAAGAAAUUGCUGAAGCCAUAGAUGUAGCUAGUCCCGUGGGCACUGCUUUGAGUAUGGCGGCUGCUUUAAAGAAAGACCAUGAAGCCGAUGGUAGAGAACUUGUACAAAUACUGCUUGGUGCUGGUGCUGAUGUUACAGCACAGGACACUCAACAUGGACGGACAGCUCUACAUACUGCUGCUAUGACUAAUGAUGUUGAGUUGGUUAAGAUUAUUCUUGAUGCGGGAGUUGAUGUGAAUAUAAGAAAUGUACAAAAUACCAUUCCUUUACAUGUGGCAUUGGCGAGAGGGUCAAAGUCAUGUGUUGGAAUGCUUCUUUCUGCAGGAGCAAAUUGUAACUUGCAGGAUGAUGAAGGCAACAAUGCUUUCCAUAUAGCUGCUGACACAGCAAAGAUGAUACGAGAAAAUCUGGAGUGGAUCAUAGUUAUGCUCAAGUAUCCAGGUGCCGCUGUAGAAGUUAGAAAUCACAGUGGCAUGACAUUACGUGACUUUUUGGAGACUCUUCCGCGGGAGUGGAUUUCAGAAGAUCUGAUGGAGGCCCUUGCAACCAAGGGUGUUCAUUUGUUUCCUACAAUAUAUCAAGUAGGUGAUUGGGUGAAAUUCAAAAGUACAAUUGCCACUCCAACAUACGGGUGGCAAGGUGCAACACAUAAGAGUGUUGGUUUUGUUCAGAGUGUCCCUGACAAGGAUAAUCUUUUUGUAUCUUUUUGUUCUGGCGAAGCUCGUGUUCUUGCCAACGAAGUGAUAAAAGUCAUUCCAUUAGACAGGGGACAACAUGUGCAACUCAAACCAGAUGUUAGAGAGCCAAGGUUUGGUUGGCGUGGUCAAUCACGAGAGAGUAUUGGAACCGUACUUUGUGUUGAUGAUGAUGGGAUUCUGCGUGUUGGGUUUCCUGGAGCAUCAAGAGGAUGGAAGGCUGACCCUGCAGAAAUGGAAAGGGUUGAAGAAUUUAAAGUUGGAGAUUGGGUCCGGGUCCGGCCAGCUCUUACUACAGCGAAGCAUGGGUUAGGGUCUGUCACACCAGGAAGCAUUGGUAUUGUAUAUUGUAUUAGACCUGAUAACAGUUUAUUAUUGGAGCUCAGCUAUCUUCCAAAUCCAUGGCACUGUGAACCAGAGGAAGUUGAACCUGUUGAGCCAUUUAGGAUUGGUGACCGUGUUUGUGUGAAGCGGUCAGUUGCGGAGCCCAGGUAUGCUUGGGGUGGUGAGACACAUCACAGUGUUGGAAGAAUUAUUGAGAUAGAAAGUGAUGGUCUUCUAAUAAUUGAAAUUCCAAAUCGUCCCAUACCUUGGCAAGCUGAUCCAUCAGACAUGGAAAAGGUGGAGGAUUUCAAGGUUGGGGAUUGGGUCAGAGUCAAGGCUUCUGUGUCCUCCCCAAAAUAUGGCUGGGAGGACAUCACAAGGAACAGCAUUGGAUUGAUUCACAGUUUAGAGGAUGAUGGUGAUAUGGGAGUUGCCUUUUGCUUCAGGAGCAAACCCUUUUCUUGUUCAGUGACAGAUGUCGAGAAAGUACCGCCUUUUGAAUUGGGACAAGAAAUUCAUGUGCUUUCUUCAGUCACUCAACCGCGGCUUGGAUGGUCAAAUGAAAGUCCAGCCACCGUCGGAAAGCUUGUUAGAAUUGACAUGGAUGGAACUUUAAAUGCUAAAGUGGCUGGAAGGCAUAGCUUGUGGAAAGUUUCUCCUGGUGAUGCAGAAGUGCUUUCAGGGUUUGAAGUAGGUGAUUGGGUUCGUUCGAAACCGAGCGUAGGCACUAGACCAAGUUAUGAUUGGUACAGUAUUGGAAAAGAAAGUUUAGCAGUUGUCCAUAGUGUACAAGAUACUGGUUAUUUGGAAUUAGCAUGCUGUUUCCGUAAAGGUAAAUGGAUGACUCACCACACAGACAUCGAGAAAGUUUUUGGCUUCAAAAUUGGUCAGCACGUGAGAUUUCGGGCAGGUCUAGUGGAGCCAAGAUGGGGUUGGAGAGGUGCCCAACCUGAUUCCCGGGGUGUUAUAAUCAGUGUGAAUUCUGAUGGUGAAGUACGGGUUUUGUUUUUUGGUUUAUCAGGUUUGUGGAGAGGAGAUCCUGCAGAUUUAGAGAUAGAACCGACAUUUGAAGUGGGAGAAUGGGUCCAAAUGACGGAUAGUUCAAGUGUUUGGAAAUCAAUUGGGCCAGGUAGCAUUGGAGUUGUUCAGGGUGUUGUUUAUGAAGAUGAUAAAUGGGAUGGAAAUAUUUCUGUUGGUUUCUGUGGAGAACAGGAACAAUGGGUCGGGCCAAGCACCCACCUUGUAAAAGUCAACAAGCUCAUGAACGGUCAACGUGUGCGUGUCAAAUCUUCAGUGAUCCAACCUAGGUUUGGGUGGUCAGGUCAUAGUCAUUCAAGUAUCGGUGUCAUUUCAGCCAUCGAUGCUGAUGGGAAAUUAAGAAUAUACACACCCGCCGGCUCAAAGUCAUGGAUGCUUGACCCGUUUGAAGUGGAGGUGGUAGAGGAAGAGGAACUCCAUAUAGGAGAUUGGGUCCGGGUCAAACCAUCAAUCUUAAACCCGACUCACCAUUGGGGAGACGUUACUCAUUCAAGCAUAGGAGUGUUACAUCGCAUUGAAGAAGGUGAUCUUUGGGUAGCGUUUUGUUUCAUGGAAAGAUUAUGGCUUUGCAAGACUUGGGAAAUGGAAAGAAUCCGACCAUUUAUAGUAGGUGAUAAGGUUAAAAUAAAAAAGGGUUUGGUUAGCCCGAGGUGGGGUUGGGGCAUGGAGACACACGCAAGCAAAGGUCAAGUCGUGGGGGUAGAUGCAAAUGGAAAAUUGAGGAUCAAGUUCCAAUGGAGAGAAGGAAAGCCAUGGAUUGGUGAUCCCGCUGAUAUUGAGCUUGAUGAAAUUGAAAACACGUCACCUCAUUCAUAAAAACCAAGCAUCUGGGCCGAAUUUUGUAGGUUCCGGGUGAUUGAAUACAACUAAUGUGGAUAGAAAAGAGCUGGACCGGUUUUGCGCGGGGCCAAGCGACUAGAGAACUUGAAAAUGCAGACAGCUAAGAGAGGUAAUCUAUUUAGGUAUAUAGUGUCUACAUUUGAUUGCUGUUUAAUUUUUAUUAUACAGAGGAAUAGCACCAUUUGAUCAUCUUUUUUGUCCCUAGACGUAGACAUUUUGUGGUUUACUUUUCUGUACAACUCAUAUUAUUUCUUGUUCAUAUGUUAUUGAUAUACACCCUUUUUUGUG